GGAUGAUGCGCGAGCAGUCUAGAAUGUUGGGAUACAAAAGGUCAGAGGGGAUGGUGACGUCUCUGGUGACGUGAGAUUGCCGCCUUGUUAGUAUGUUGCAUCCAGCUACGAAAUGAUCUCCCCUUAGGAUACGCACAAUUUACAUGUGCAUUGAAGCGUUGCAUCUGGUUCUGGGCUCUUGUUCAUCGAGGAUCUGGAUAAUUGGAGCCCUUGAAUAGACUGCAGAAAGGAGCAGCGUCUUAAAAUGAGCUGAGGGAGCUUUUGAUUUUGUUCAAAAGGCGCACACGCACUGUCACCGUUGACUGAGCCGGUUCGUCAUUGCAGGAUCAGGCUGGCCAUUGCUGAUUUAUCAAACAACAGUAGCUCAUGUAGGUCAGCUGGAGGUAAUUUGCCUGAUCGCGCCCUCUUUACAAGCAUUCUUUCCCUAAACUUGAGUCGACAGAUCUGUGAGCAACAGGGGUACAGGGUCAAAUCAAAUCAAUGACUGUCACUCAGAGUGAACGUCAGAAUGGGAAUGCAACUUGAUGAAGAACGAGUUGGUAGGAAACAGCAGUUACUGCAACAGAGGCAAUUAGAAGCGCUUCAAGGGCUGGACUCAAAUAGAUCUACGCCAAAGCGCAACGUUCUGUCAUUCAAGCAACAUCACAUAAGGGAGACGAUGGAUUGGCAGAAGAGAAGAGAUCCAGACGAGGCCGCUUGGCAUCUCUCUCAGAUGAACUUACAAAGCAAUGAGAGCGAGGUAGUUGGAGGCCCCUACCCGGAACGUCCUGGCGAGCCAAACUGUGUAUACUAUCUACGCACUGGGCAGUGCGGAUAUGGGCUCAGCUGCCGGUUCAACCAUCCGCCGGACAGGAAUCAGGGAAGUUCUCGGGGCGGGCAAGAGUUUCCCGAGAGGCCCGGGCAGGAGGACUGCGGUUACUACCUUAAGACGGGGCAAUGCAAGUUUGGUCCAACAUGCCGGUACAAUCAUCCCAAGGAUCGGGCCGGUUCGCAGGGCAAAGUGCAACUGAGCCCAUUUGGGCUACCUUUGAGGCCGGAAGAGAAGGAGUGCGCGUACUAUUUGCGAACGGGCACCUGCAAGUACGGCGUCACCUGCAAGUACCACCACCCCGUCCUGCCCAACUUCCCCGAUCCGGCCAACCUCGGCUUCCCCUCCCUUGGCAUGCUUGCCUCCGACUCCCAGACAGGCCAGACCCAGUCCUUCCCCCAGCUCCCGCACUCGGGCGCCCCGGCAGGUGUGCCUCAGAUGCCAUGGAACCCGCGCGCCUUUCCGCUCCCAGGGGGCUUUCCACAGAUGCGGCUGAUGGGCCCGAGCCCCCCACUCUUGCCGCUCGGCCAGGGCGUGUUCAACCCCUACUCCACACAAAUUCCGCGGCCCAUGGAGGGCCUGCAGCAGCCGACGCUGCCGUUCCUGUUCAACCCGCAGCAAGGCGGCCAGAGCGACCAGAGCAUCCAGCCGCUCGCGCCACCAGAGGGCUUCCCCCAGUUCAUGCAAGGGGGCGGCUUCGGGCAGCAUGCGGAGAGGAAGGACGUGCACUACCCGGAACGGCCGGGCCAGCCCGAGUGCCAGUACUACAUGAAGACGGGCGAGUGCAAGUUCGGCGCCUCCUGCCGGUUCCACCAUCCCAAGGACCGCUCGGCGCCGUCGCCCACCUGUGUCCUCAGCCCGAUGGGUCUGCCUCUCAGGCCGGGAGCGCCCGCCUGUGCGUUUUACACCCGGUACGGCAUCUGCAAGUUUGGGCACACGUGCAAGUUCGACCACCCGGUGAACGACCACCUCAGCUACAGCCCCUCCGCCUCCUCGCUCUCGGACAUGCCCGUCGCGCCGUACCCUGUCACCUUGUCACGGACGCGAGCUGCUCCGUUGACGUUGGAAGCCCGGCAACCCCGAGUCGAUGAGGAGUCCGCCACCAUUGGGGGCCCAGCGGACGAAGCUGGUGGAAGCGGUGGGGCAGCAGAGGACGAGUCGGAUCCGCCGCUGAACUGAGCCCCCAGGGCGGAGCGCCCUACCCCGGGGGGGAACGGGCGUGGGUUUAACGUGGGCGUCAAGAAGGUGGGGGAUCAGGGGGAUGUGAUCACACGGGGCCGAUCGGUGGAGGAAGGGGACUGAGGUUGAGGGAGGGUAAAAGAACAGGGCACGAGCGAAGAGCCUGGGAAGGCGGCGGGCAAGGAAAAGCAGCGCGGUAAGAGCGUGGCGGCUGGGGGGAAUUCAGCUGUAGAUAUUUUAGGCCGUCUGGAAGUGGUGGGACUCCAAGCCAAGUCAAGAGCUGGGGGCACCGGAACAAGAGGUCCUCACAGUAUGGUUCCCUGAUCGAGAUCAUGCGCUGAGCAGCCUUGCGUGCACGAAGCGAAGCGGGGUCGAUAGCAGAGGCGCAGCCCAGAUAUCGACCCCCGAUACGGACGCUUGCCAUACGCCAAGAUUGCUGGGGUCUGCGCGGGCGGCACCCUCAGCCUGGGGUUGAGCAAGGGGGCAAAAGCAAUAAGCUGUCCGUAAGCUAGUGCUAACGCUUGUCGUUGAGCUAUUGGAACAAGGUGGAUCGGGCUGCGGCCACCAUGACGUGUACCUGAGUCGUUGAUAACGAGUUUAGCUCACCAGACGUUGCCUUGAUUUGGGGCACAUUGGUCAAAAUUGCAGGCUCUUGAAGAUACUGGAGGUUAAUUGUCAGGUUCAAGUCGACUGAUUUCAAAUUGUCUUACUUAGCUAGGCCCACAAGAACCGCCACCUGCAUCUGCCGGUUGCCAAUGUAUAUAUCAAAAAUGGGAACCUGUGCACGCAUGCUCACCCGAGCGCCUUUUUGUCACAGCCCGUGAAGCUCGUGCACUUCCAAUUUUCCGAUAUGCAUCAAAACACUGUUAUUGCA